AACUUGCAAAGGCCUCUUAAUUCCGGCACACAUGUGAGGAAGAUUUGAUCCAGACGCGGUUUAAUAAAAUGCAAACUUUACGUGAAUUUACGCGUAAAACCAAGCGCGGUAAUAUCCUAAAGAUCGUGCGGGAGCAUUACCUCCGCGACGACAUCGGAUGCGGCUCCGAUCUGUGCCGACAGUGCUUCCAGAACGAGGUCUACCAACUGACGUCCCAGCACGAUAUCCAGAGCACCCUAUUCAAGUUUCCACACUACCUCGUUUUGGACACCAAUGUGGUGUUGGAUCAGAUAGAUGUGCUCGAGGAGGAUGUGCUCCGCAACGUAGUCGUGCUGACCACCGUACUUAACGAGGUGAAGCACAAGAGCUCCUCCAUCUACAAGCGGUUUAAUGAGCUAGUCCACGAUCGCACCAGGAACUUUUAUGUGUUUGUUAACGAGCAUCACAAGGACACUUAUGCAGAUCGCGAACCCGAUGAGACUGCCAAUGAUCGCAAUGAUCGAGCCAUCCGUCUGGCCACCAAGUGGUAUGAUGUUCACCUGCAGGCGUCACAAUCCCCCAAGGACUUGGAGCGAAGUGGCAGGGCUGCCACGCGGGUUAUUCUGCUUACCGAUGAUGCUGGGAAUCGUGCCAAGGCCGACGCUGAGGGAAUUCUGGUGGCCUCUGCCGCGGAAUAUGUAAAAUCCCUUGAGGAUUUUCCACUUUUGGUGGACAAACUGUCGCACAAGACGUUUGAAAACGAAAAGAAGGGCUUGCCCCAGUAUCCGGCGCAUCUCAGCAUGAAGGAGCUGCUCGAAGGACUACGCCAGAAGAAGCUACUGCAGGGCGCCUUUCAGGCCUCCAGAGAAAACUAUCUCGAAGGCAGUGUCAAUGUAGAGCAGUUUGAAAAGGGCAUCCUUAUCCAAGGCAGAGAAUCCCUUAACCGAGCUGUGGAUGGCGACCUGGUGGCGGUGGAGCUUUUGCCCGAGGAGGAGUGGUCAGCGCCUAGUGAAAUAGUGCUGGAGGAGAAAAACGUGUACGCGGACGAGGUACCCAGCGAAGAACGCGCCGAAGAUGAAAAAGAUAUGCUGAAGCAGGUGAAGGCAGCUGCCUCAUCUGCAGAGCGUACGCCCACCGGACGAAUUGUGGGCAUUGUGCGUCGGAAAUGGCGGCAGUACUGCGGCAUCCUGCAGCCCAGCCUUAUAGAGGACACCAAUCGGCACAUCUUUGUGCCGGCCGACCGCAAGAUCCCUCGCAUUCGCAUUGAAACAAGGCAAGCGGCCAAACUGCAGAACCAGCGCAUCAUUGUGACGAUAGACACAUGGCCAAGGAACUCACGGUAUCCGCACGGACACUUUGUGCGCUCCCUGGGACCACUUGGCGACACGGCCACAGAAAACGAGGUGAUUCUGCUGGAGCACGAUGUCCCGCACUGCAAGUUCUCGGACGAGGUGCUCAGCUUUCUGCCGCAGAUGCCCUGGACAAUUACCGAGGAGGACUAUGCCAAGCGCGUGGAUCUUAGGGAUUUGCACAUCUGCUCAGUGGAUCCGCCAGGCUGCACAGAUAUCGAUGAUGCCCUUCAUUGCAGAGAGUUGCCCAAUGGCAAUCUGGAAGUGGGUGUCCACAUCGCGGAUGUUAGUCACUUCAUAAGACCAGGAAAUGCAUUGGACAAGGAGGCAGCCGCCAGAGGAACCACCGUCUACCUCGUUGGCAAGCGUAUCGACAUGGUUCCCGAGUUACUCAGCUCGAAUUUGUGCUCACUGCGUGGAGGCGUAGAGCGGUUUGCCUUCUCCUGCAUUUGGGAGGUGGACCAAGAGGCUAAUGUGUUGAACAAGCGAUUCCACAAGAGCGUAAUCAAGUCCAAGCGAGCCAUGACUUACGAAGAGGCACAGGUGAUUAUCGACGACCCAUCGCAGCAGAAUGAAUUAGCCAAGUCCCUGAGAAAUCUUAAUAGACUGGCCAAAAUCCUCAAAAAACGGCGAAUGGACAAUGGCGCAUUGGUGCUCGCUUCGCCGGAGAUUCGCUUCCAGGUGGACAGCGAAACACACGAACCGCUUGAAGUGGAAGUCAAACAGAUGCGCGAGACCAACUCCAUGGUGGAGGAGUUCAUGUUGCUGGCCAACAUCACAGUGGCCGAGCAUAUCGCAAACGAGUUCACUGAAUGUGCGGUUCUGCGUCGCCAUCCCCGGCCCCCGCCCACUAACUUUGAUCCGCUGGUGAAGGCCGCCCGCUAUCAAGGAUUCCAGGUUGACAUCGAAACGGGACUGGAACUUUCGGCUUCGCUGGACAAGUGCGUGAAGGCGGACAAUCCGUACUUUAAUACCAUGAUCCGCAUCCUAACCACCCGUUGCAUGAUGCAAGCAGUGUACUUUAUAAGCGGCAGUCUGCAAAAGGAGGAGUUUUUCCAUUAUGGUCUGGCUGCACCCAUUUACACUCACUUCACCUCGCCCAUUCGUCGUUACUCCGACAUCAUGGUUCACCGCCUGCUGGCCGCCUCGAUUGGAGCGGAUAGCACCUAUGCCCAGUUGCUGGAGCGGAAGUCGAACGAGGAGCUGUGCCACAACCUGAAUUAUCGACACAAAAUGGCUCAGUAUGCAGGACGCGCUUCGGUGGCCCUUAAUACGCACCUUUUCUUCCGCGGCAAGGAGCAAGACGAGGAAGGAUAUGUGCUAUUUGUCCGCAAGAACGCUCUGCAAGUUCUCAUUCCCAAGUAUGGCUUGGAGGGAACUUUGUAUUUGAAGUCCGACAAGGAUGGCAAGGAUGGUCAUGAGCGCGUCAAGAGCGAAAUUGUGUUUACCUUUAACGAGGAGGAUUACACACAGAGAUGCGGCGACGUAGUUUUCCACUCCUUUGAUCCAGUGAAGGUCCGUCUUAGUUUGGAUUCCAGCAACGUGCAACACGAAAAGCUGAUCUUCCGACUAGUCAAGCCGUACAUCAAGGGAUUCAGUGUAGAAACAUCCAAAGAGGGAAAUAAUAGCCAGGCGGUUGCCACGCCUCCGCCCUCGAAAAAGACCAAGAAGGACAAGAAAAAAUAAAUAAACCCGGGCAUUAAUAAUUAAGUUGAAUUAGAUUAAGCCGAAAAAUAUAUAACUACAAUCGUUUUGUACAAAUGAAA